AUGGAUAGCAGCUUCAAUGUACGUCGGAAUAAGCAGCAAGGAUGCCAGAGGAUAUCUGGAUCCUCCAUCGCCCCGGAGAGACUCUCCCGUUAUCUUAAAGAAGAAUUCAAUUCCCACCAGUUCGAGUUUGAGUCAAGAAAAAACUCUUACGUGAUCCGGGCUCCGCGUGAUCUCUCGCCAGAUGAAAUUCAAAGACUCCGGACAAGUCGCAUGUAG